AUGUUUUCCAAACCAGAGUAUCAAAAUGAAAGAAUCCUGGGUGGAAUAACUGGAGGCAUUUCUGCCAGUGUACAUGGCGGAUGGGCUUGUCUUUCAAGAAGAAAGAAGAAACCAGGCAGUCAAGGUCGCCAUAUUUUCAGAAGUGAGAAAAGACCCACAGAAUUUGAUAAAAAGAUGCUGUUGUGGACUGGACGGUUUAAAAAAGAGGAGGAUAUUCCACCACUUUUGUCAGUUGAGGUGCUUAAGGCUGCUCAGAACCAGAUGCGGAUUCGAAUCUGCUACAUUAUGAUGGCAUUGACCUUACUGGGAUGUGUGGCCAUGGUCAUCUCUGGCAAACAGGCUGCUAAAAGAGAAGACACAUUGCUAAAGAUAAACACAGAGAAGAAGGCCAAAUGGAGGCUAGAGAGGCAACUGGAGCAGGAAUCAGCAGCUGGAAAAACUGAAUGACCGUGAAAGCAACAAGUCCCGAGGGACCGUAAGCUGAUUCACAUCCAGAGUUGAGAAAGCUUUUGGUCCUGUAACUCUGAGCAUGUUGUUGACCUCGGUAAUCCCACGUGUUUGGUUGUGAACGUAAAAGCCACAGCAGAGACCAGAUUUCUUUUCAGCUUGCUUUCAUCUACCUCUGAGUUGGCUAACAAAAAACUUCCUGGGUGGCCACCAGUUCUGACACUUGGGGACAAUUCCCACUCUGGAAUAGCACAAGACCCAAUGUGACUCUACUCCUCAAUAGCUUGUCUUUGAAAUCACUGCCCCCCACCCAAGAAGUCAUUAGUUAAGGAAGAUCAGUUCUAUACAUGCUGUUACGCAUGUGAGGGAAAUCAAUGAAAAUGUACUUCAUUUUUGUAGCACUGUGUAUGCUUUAUUCUGGGACGGGGAUUUGAACUUUGGCAACAUUCAGAUUUUUCUAAAAAAUGUGGUGACAAGAGAUAUAUGGGGGCAUAUGAAUAAUUUUAUUUACUUCAUAGCGUACUUUUCUCCUCCAUGGGAACCACUUUCUCCCCUUCCCACCAUUUUAUCUUCAUAACCAGUGAGGUAGGUUAGGCUGAGAGUAUAUGACUCUCAAGAGUCCAUAGGAGAGUGGGGAUUCUAACCUGGGUUUUCCAAAUCCUAACCCAAACUCCUACCAUUGCAUCGCUCUGUCUCUCAUGUAAACAA